UUCCUCCAACGACCUUCCACUUUGUUAUAGUCUUACUAAAAAAACACUCGCUCCCGCAGAUUCUCUCCCAUUCUCUAAUAAGCUCUGUCCUGCAAUAUAUAAAUGAGAAAUCUACUAAUCCAUUAAAGCAGAUCUGUAUCAACCGUACAUAAUAAAAGUUUGGGCAAAUCUGUACCUGUUAUCUUCUUCACUAGCAAUCGAUUUCUUUUCUAAUUUCUUGUCAGUUUCAGCUACGCAUUCCUUUUUCGUUUCUGUUGUGAUAAGCUUACCUCACUGUAAAGUAAAAGGCGGUGAAGUAGAAGGCAUGAGUGAGUUAAUUUAUUGUGAAGGAACAACUAAGACAUAGUAGUAAUGCUGUGAGAGUGAGUUUUAAGGAGGACUCGAGGGAUGUCUUCGAAAACCAGAAACUCUGUGCAAGGAUUUAACAAUGAUGAGGCUCGUACUCGAGGCUCUGAUUCUAUAAUCGGAAACAGUAGGUAUAAUGUUGAAUCACAUCUUACAGAGAGGAGUUUAAAGGGUGAUGGCAAUUUCAAUUUUUAUGAAGAUAGAGAGGCAAUGGAGCUUUAUUCACGAGCACGAGCACAGAAAGAGGAAAUACAGACUCUCCGUCAACAAAUUGCUUCUUCCUGUGUGAGAGAGCUGCAACUGCUGAAUGAAAAGUAUAUGUUGGAAAGGAAGUUCUCUGAUCUAAGAAUGGCACUUGAUGAGAAGCAAAAUGAAGCUGUCACAUCUGCCAUGAAUGAAUUGGUUCGUAGAAAAGGUGAUCUUGAAGAUAAUAUAAAGCUGACCCAUGAAUUGAAGGUUGUAGAUGAUGAGAAAUAUUUUUUCAUGUCAUCAAUGCUCGGCUUACUGGCUGAAAAUGGGGUUUGGCCCCAUGUCAUGAAUGGUUCUACUAUAUGCAACAGUGUGAAGCGUCUACAUGAUGAACUACAAUGGAAGAUUAGAACUUCACAUGAUAAAAUCCGAGAGAUAGAGGCAGCUGCUCACCCUGGCAGUGAAUCUCAAGAUACAGAUAACCCGGGUCUUGGCAUCGCAAUGCGUCAAGUUUCUCGUGAAGCCACGCUUCAAGCUGGCAUUUCUCCUUCUAAUAUUCAUCAUGAUGAAUGGAAUGUAAAACCAGCUGACACGAUAAUGAGGCAUACACAUGAGAAUUAUGUUUCAGAUAAAACAAGGUUAAUGUAUAAUGAUGAGAGGCAUCAGCAAUCAUUUAACAACAGUUCACCAGAUUUCUCAUUUGGUCAUGAUAGUGGUUCAGCUCGUCCUCACUCAAAUAGUUCAUUUGACAAAGGAGUAACUGAUAUGGGUUUAGGAGAGGCGAUGAAGGACUUUCGGCAUCCUUCUAGCUCACAUGAUGAAGCAGCUUCUUCUAUUUCUGAUGAGGGUCCUGGCAUAGAGGGUUUUCAGAUUAUUGGCGAUGCUUCACCCGGAGAAAAACUCCUUGGAUGUGGAUACACUGUGCGUGGAACUUCUCUCUGCAUGUUUCAGUGGGUUCGCCAUCUUGAGGAUGGCACCAGGCAAUACAUUGAAGGAGCCACAAAUCCGGAAUACAUCGUCACUGCUGAUGAUGUUGAUAAGCUUAUUGCUGUUGAGUGCAUACCGAUGGAUGAUCAAGGCCGCCAGGGAGAACUGGUGAGGCUUUUUGCAAAUGAUCAGAACAAAAUAAAAUGUGACCCAGACAUGCAACAUGAGAUUGAUACAUGUAUGUCGAGAAGUGGAGCCACAUUUAGCAUUCAGUUGCUGACGGAUGGUUCUGACAAAUGGAAAUCAGCAACUCUAAUUUUGCAACGUUCGGGCUUCCAAAUUAAGAGCAUAAGUGAUGAUAUUGUGCUGAUUGCGGAGAAAUUUUCGAAGAACUUAUCAAUUAAAAUUCCUUCUGGACUUUCGACACAAUUUAUUUUGACAUGUUCUAGUGGAUCUUCUCAUCCUCUCAAUACAUACAAUGUUAGAAUGCGCGACACACUUGUUUUGACGAUGAGAAUGUUCCAGAACAAGGCGUUGGACGACAAGAGGAAGAGUAGGGCAUAAAACUGCAGGUCCCUUCGAUACGGUAAUAUAGUGUUUAGUCAAAAUUCAUUCAUAUAGGAGACAAUAAAUUUCUGAAAAAUUUAAAUGUGAGAGAAAGAAAAACAGUCAUUUGUUGAUGUUCGUCUGUAUCAUAAAUUGUGAUUCCCAUGCUUAUAAACGAUGAAUCACGCAUACAAAGCAUAUAGGUAGCAAAAUAACAAAAAUAAUAAAGUUCUGUGUUUUUUUUAA